AUGUCUAAAAAUGGAACUUUUUCAAUGAGCAAGAGUCAACAAGCUAGACGUCAUAUUUUUAAACUUGUAAAUAAGAACAAAAUUAAGGAUAUACGCACCGAGGAUAUGUAUAAAUCACAUAAAUUCGAUAGAAUUCCUUGUUUUAUUCUAUCAAAUAAUUUGAAUGAUUUUCAAUUAUGUGUUAAAAAUACUGAAACAAAAGAAUGGGAAGUGAUUUUUUGGUUUGAUAAGAUGGAGAUGUUUUCUGUAAACCAUAGUUCUGAGAUUGUAGGCAUUAAUCGUAAUGAACAUCUUGAGUUAUAUUUUAGAAUUAAUGCUAGUAUUUAA